GUUGUUGAUCUCCACAAUUCAGAGCAAUUUUCUUGGCAUUUGCCAGGUUUGUAAUUUGAAUUUCCUCCUUUGUUAUUUCAGCAUCUGCAAAAUAUAGAGUUUUUCCUUCUCUUUCUCUCUCUCUCUCUUUUUAAGCAAGUUGCAUCCCAGUGACGGUGGGGUGGGAAAGGCUUCCAACUUAUUUUUAGCAGCCAAUCAAAACAUUUUCCAAGAUGAAGGAGGGAGAAAACACACAGAGACCUUUGGUGGCGUGUAAGACACGCCAGUUGAAGACAGUGUGACCUUUGAGGUGGUUCUGCUAGAAGCAACGGACGGCUGGCGAUGCAUUUGGCCAUGCCCGGAUAGUCGUGCCCUGAGCUUCUGGGCGCCCCUUCGGUGUGGGUUUAGCCUGGCGAGAUGGGGACCUCUGGCUGCCUGGCCGGCCGCCUCCUGCUCCUGCUGCUACCAGGGCUUGGGAUCCCCUUUAACAUUGAUGUGAAAAGACCUCAGAUCUUUCGUGGGCCUCAGGAAGCUCAGUUUGGCUACAAAGUCCUGCAGUUCACAGCCCAGGGACAAAAAUGGAUGCUGGUGGGUGCGCCUUGGGAUGGAACCGAAGGUGACCGGAAAGGUGAUGUUUACAAGUGCAUUGUAGGAGAGAGGAAAAAUUCAACAUGCGCCAAGAUCAAUAUAGGUGACAUGGCCCUCCAGAAUAUCUCCAGGCAAACAAAAAACAUGCAUUUUGGGAUGACGCUGAUGGCCAACAAAGAUGAUGGGUUUGUGACAUGCGCUCCCCUCUGGUCCCAGGAAUGUGGCACGUCCAUGUACAGCACGGGGAUUUGUACCAGCGUGGACAGGGACUUCCGGCUGGUGGAAAAUAUUGCCCCAACGGCUCAGAGAUGUUCAACCUACAUGGACAUUGUAAUUGUCCUGGAUGGCUCCAACAGCAUUUACCCAUGGUACGAAGUGCAGAAUUUUCUUAGCAACAUUCUCAGCAAAUUUUUCAUUGACCCAGAGCAAAUCCAAGUUGGGGUUUUGCAGUACAGCGAAGUUGCGGUUCAUGAGUGGACCCUGAAGGAUUACCAGACAGCGGAAGAAGUCAUUGAAGCUGCCCAAAACAUCAGCCGACAGGAAGGGCUCGAAACUCGGACCGCUUCCGCCAUCCACAAGGCCUGCACAGAGGCCUUCAGUCCGGAAAGAGGUGGCAGAGAAGGGGCUACCAAGCUGAUGAUUGUGCUCACUGAUGGAGAGUCCCACGAUGGUGAAGAACUUAAAGAUGCUCUGGAAGAGUGUGAGGAACGGAAUGUGACACGUUACGCCAUUGCAGUCUUGGGCCACUACAUCCGCCGGCAGAAAGACCCCAACUCAUUCAUCAAUGAAAUUAAAUACAUUGCCAGUGACCCCGACGAAAAGUACUUUUUCAAUGUGACAGACGAGGCAGCCCUCAACGAUAUUGUGGACUCUUUGGGGGAUCGGAUCUUCAGCCUCGAAGGGAGCCGUGAGUAUAACUCGUUUGAGUUGGAAAUGUCUCAGAUUGGCUUCUCCACCCAUCUCCUGGAGGACGGGAUCCUCUUUGGCAUGGUUGGAGCCUAUGACUGGGACGGGUCCGUGCUCAAGGAGGGCCGGCUGGGAUGGGCCACUCCCCCACGGGGAGCGUUGGAAAAAGAGUUCCCACGAAAGCUGAAGAACCACGCUGCCUAUCUGGGCUAUGCUGUCUCUUCAGUCAGACUCAGGAGUGGCAGAAGGCUCUACCUGGCCAGUGCCCCCCGGUUCCAGCACAAGGGGAAAGUUAUCCUCUUUGAGAUGAACGGUGAUGGCAGCGUAGCCAUCUCUCAGGCCCUUACAGGAGACCAAAUUGGAUCCUACUUUGGCAGUGAGGUUUGCCCCGUGGAUGUGAAUGGAGAUGGUAUCACAGAUGUCUUACUUGUGGCUGCCCCCAUGUAUCUGGGCCCACAGAACAAAGAGACGGGGCGCGUUUACCUUUACAGGGUUGGGCAGUCGCUUCUGGCUUUCAAUGGGACCCUCCUUCCUGACCUAAAGCCUCAGGACGCUCGCUUCGGCUACUCUCUCCUAGCUGUUCCAGAUCUUAAUCAUGACAGCUUUAAUGAUGUGGUUGUUGGUGCCCCCUUGGAAGACAACCACCAGGGGGCAGUCUACUUGUACCAUGGCUACCGCACAACUGUGUUACCACGUUUCAAACAGCGCAUUGAAUCGGCUGGGCUCCGCUGGGGCCUUCGCUAUUUUGGCCGUAGCUUGGACGGGCAGAUUGACGUGGAUGGGGACGGCCUGGUGGAUCUCGCUGUGGGGGCUCAGGAUGCUGCAGUGGUCUUAAGAUCCAGGAGGAUUGUGCAGAUCAAUGCAUCCAUCUCAGUCAACCCUCCCUCCAUCAACGUGAUCCAGAAAAACUGUCAGAGAAGCGGGAAGGAAUCUCUCUGUGUGACGGCCAGCUUCUGUUUCAGCGUGUCCUCACGCUCUCUGAGUCCCCGGGACAGCCACUUGAGUAUAAAAUACAAUGUCUCUCUGGAUGACAGAAAGUUUGGCACAAGAGCAGUCUUUGACAGCAGCUCCCAAAAGCUGCUGCAGAAGAGGACACGGGUCGCCAUGGGCAGGACAGCGUGCUCCACUGCCCGUUUCCACGUCAUUGACACCUCAGAUUACCUCCGGCCAGUCGCAAUCGCAGUGAAGUUUGCACUGAGUGAUGCUGAGCUGCCUGGACCUGUACUGGAUGAGAAACUGCCCACCACUGCUAAGAAACUAGUCCCCUUUUUCAAGGACUGUGGUGAGGAUGAUGAGUGUGUAACAGAUCUGGUGCUACAAGCUGAGAUGGAUAUCAAUGGAUCCAGGCAGAAGCCUCAUGUCAUCCGUAAAGGGAAGCGGAAGAUGGUGGUUGAUGUCCUUCUGGAGAACAAGAAAGAAAAUGCCUACAACACCACCCUCCAGAUCUGGUUUUCCAGAAGCCUCCACUUCUCCAGCCUCGUGCUGAAGGGGGAGAACCCAGUGAAAAUGGAAUGCUCCAUUUCUUCUGCUCAGGCCCGGACAUGCAGCGUGAGCUAUCCUGUCUUCCGGUCCUUGGCAAAGGUGGCCUUUGCCCUUGAGUUUGAAUUCAGCUGCUCCUCUCUUCUGAGCCAAGUGCAGGUGAAGCUUACAGCCAACAGUGACAGCAGUGAGUCCAAUCAAACCCUGACUGACAACACAGCCCGGGCUGCUGCCUUCGUCAGUUAUGAGCCUGACCUGUUCCUGACUAGUGAGUCUACUCUGAACCGCUAUGAAGUGCACCCUGUGGGAACCUUUCCAAGUGAUAUGAGCCCAGAGUUUAGGACAACCAUCAAGGUACAAAAUCUUGGCUGUUAUAUGGUGGCCAAUCUCUCCCUCCUGAUGGCACUUCCUGCCACCGGCUAUCAGGAGAGGGAAUUCCUCUCAGUGACCCGCAUCCUUACUGAUAAUGUGACCUGCAGCUUGCCAAGCCACACUGAGUUUGGAGGAGCUAGUAGCGUGAUUCCUUUACAUCCAGAAGAAUUGGCACACACAGAGAAAGUGAACUGCACCAACGCCGGCUGCCAAGUGGUGACCUGCCAACUGCAGCGCAUUGAGAGAAACUCAGAAGUCACCAUCCACUUGCUGAGAGCCGUACGCAAUGAGUUUUUCCGGAGGGCUAAAUUCAAGACAGUGAAAAUCAUCAGCAGUAUCACGCUGACCGUCCAAGAAGAGGACAAUCUGUUUCUCCUGCCAAAAGCUGCCCAUCGGCGGGAGGUUGUCCUGGAGAUUAUUCAGUCUAAACUAGUCCCAAUUUCCCUCUGGAUUUUGAUUGGCAGCAUCCUUGGCGGCCUCCUGCUGCUAGCCAUGGUCAUCAUCUUCUUAUGGAAGCUUGGAUUUUUUACACACAAAAAGCCUGGGGAAGGUGAGAAAGAAGAGUAAAAGGAGUCAGUCGAACCAGGACUCUGCUCAAGAGGAAGGUGCGGCUGUGGGUUAAAACCCAGAAGGGGAGCUGAUACUUUUCUCUUUCAACCAUCUCUAAAACUACAGAAGUUCCAGUCAUUCCACAAGAAUUGUCUCAAAAUCUUAUGGCAGCAUUUUUGCAUUUAGGAAACAAGAAAGCACAACUUUCUCCCAGUUGCAGCUACAACUAUUUAAAUAUCACCAGAACUGAUAUUCAGGCAGAUCAAAAUCCAAAUUUGCCUGCAAAAUUUAUGAACAGACAAAAGCAGCUAAUCAAGCAAGUGGAUUUUAAGCAGCUCUCCUUCCACCAUGCACAAAACCCCCAUGUGGACAUCUUACUCCAGAUGCUUUUUUCCCCAGAGGAGGAUGGGGGGAUUGAUUUGCUGUUUGCGAUGCUGCAACAUUGCACUAGAAAGUUGCUUUGACUGCCUAUUGCAAAUCUUGUUGAACUUGCCCUGGACUUUUGCUCCAAGAGAAAGCUGGGAAGAACCUGAGAAGACCAUUGUUGUCCUACACAGACCUGGAUGGAAACAGAAUGAACAAGCUAUAGGGACAUGGUGUCCUUUGGCUUGUUGGUUGUGCCCAUUUUCAAAACAAGGCAUGUUGUCAGAUUGGCUUCCUUGCUGUAUGUCAGAGGGUGCUGGGGGCUGUUUUUCUCACAAACUGGGCCAUGGCAUCCCCCGCCCAUCACAACCUGUUUUCUGGAAAAUCAUUCUAAUGACAACGGGAGAUUAAUAAACUGGAAAAGUCACUCUCUCCUUUCUUUAAAGCAUUGUGUGCAAGAGUGUUCAACUCUAGCUGCCCAAUGUUAGCGAAAUGUAAAGCAGGGUGGUAGUUGUGUCCCUCCGUUUGGCUGAACAGCUGGUUUUCUGAAUUUAGCGCUCCUAAAAAUGUUAACAAACACUUGGGUGAUUGUGACCUUUGGCUGCUUCAAACAAAGGCAGUCUAGAACAACAGAAAUGGGAGUGAAGAUAGAUUUCAUCACAAGAGUCACAAUCAAAAUUGAAUGAGGAGCCUGUGGCUGGACUCCAGCUCCCAUUAACCUCAGCCAAUCCAGAAUAAUGGGAAUUGCAGUCUCCCAACUUCCAGCCAGGCUCUCUUGGUCCUCACCAGCAGCCCCUUUAUUGCCCCUUCCUCCCUGGGCAACAGAACAACAGACUUGAAGGGAGUAACAGGCAGACAUCGCUGCAGGUCACUCUGAGGUGGCACAAGGAGUGGCUCAUUCCAGGCACAAAGACUCGGGAAGAAUUCUAGGGAAACGGAUGAUGCCCUUUUGCAACUUUCCCUGGAUCUUACGAAGAGGCCUUUUUGCCACAGCAGUCUCCAAGGCUGUCAGGUCGGCAACGUUGCUGCUGUUUGAUUUUGGCCUCAACGGGACCAGCGCAGCCACCACGAAACUUACCUCCAAGCAUUAAGUGGCCAGCCUGUCCUACACGUCAUUCCCUCGGCUCAGAUGUCCUGCCAAAAAUUACCUUCACUGUUUGGUUUCUUAUUAAAGACUUUAUUCAACUUUUUGAUAGCAAACAAAAGGCGCUAAGUUUGAAAUCAACCGCCAGGCACACUGUUACGGCUAUGAAGCUGCCAGCGGUUUUUUUUUUCCCAUGUGUGUGUUUUCCUUUUCUCUCUUUUCAACAUGACAUGGCCUGCCCCCACUUUCCUACCCUCAAAGGUCAGACACUGAUCUGGCUUUUAAAUGAGAGGUUUUUUUCAAGGGCUGGUGGGUGUUGUGGUAGUUCAGACAUGAUUGAGAGGUUUAAAAGCCAAGGAGAAAAGAAUGGUGAUGUAGGAAAGUUCAAGAGAAGAAAAAAGAGACAAGCAGUUCUUUCUGAUAUUUAAACAACGGCAUUCCCAUUUUAAAUACGGAGGAAUACCUGGCAAAACAACGUCUGCUUCAAAAGAUAAAUGUAGUCCAUUUGGUAGCAAGGAGCAAACUGGGUCUUGAGUAGCAGGUGGGUGACAUUUAAGUUCAAGCCCAGGAGUCCAGUCAAGGAAAACCUGCCUUGUCGCAGAAGCAUCAUCCAUUGCUUCCACAGCAAUGGGGGAGGGGGGAGGGAGGGGCUUUCCUUCUCCUUUCCCCUCUCUCUGCCCUUCUGAGCCCAAGACACCAUCAACCAAAUGCAAAGAAAACACCACCAGCCCCCUCAACCAAUGCCAUCAUCUAAGGCAUUGUAAAGUGCCUCGUCCCUGCGCUCUUUCCCUUCCCUCCUGCAGGCUAAUUCCUCGCUCGGUUCGGGCUUCCUCUUUCCUGUCUGCUGCCAGAAAAGGACGUGUGUGGACAGCCAGGACUCCCUUUCCGCAAUCAGUGAAGAUGGAGGCACAAGCAUUGAUAUGCGGCACUCCCGCCCUGGAAGCGCUAAUCUGGCCUCUCCAGACAUGAAGGUUGAAGAGAUGGUUCCUCAGUGACUGUUUUUCAGAAAAGUGGCCAGGCUUUGAUGGGGAUGUGAUUAUGCCAACUUGUGCCCACUUUCUCUUCUCUUGCUACUUGCUUUUGUAGUUGAGUUAUCAUACAAUUUACAACUGUAGUCCAGAAUACUACAGGCUUCAGCUGCCCUUCUCCCACCCCACUGGCCUGGGGAGGCUUCAG